GGAAAGUACAUUUAUUUUGGAGAAGAGAAAGAGACAGAGACAACGAGACAGAGAGAGAGAGAGAGAGGCUGUUCGGAUUUUGGUAGAAACAAUGGCGGUAGAAGACACUCUGAAGCCUGUUAUUCACGAAGAAGCGAACCCUAAUUCUAUAGAGAAUCCAAUUGAUCGAUACCAUGAGGAAGGUGACGAUACCGAAGAAGGAGAGAUCGUAGGCGGAGAAGGACACGGAGACGUUGACGAAUCGAACAAAUCCGCCGUUCCUCAAUCGCAUCCUUUGGAACACUCGUGGACGUUCUGGUUUGAUAAUCCUUCCGUGAAAUCGAAACAGACCACUUGGGGUAGCUCUUUGCGAUCCGUCUUCACGUUCUCUACUGUUGAAGAAUUUUGGAGUUUGUACAAUAACAUGCGGCACCCUAGCAAGUUAGCAACUGGAGCUGACUUCUACUGUUUCAAACACAAUAUCGAACCUAAGUGGGAGGAUCCUAUUUGUGCAAACGGAGGCAAAUGGACUAUGACAUAUCCUAAGGAUAAGUCUGAUAAGAGCUGGCUCUACACUUUGCUUGCAUUGAUUGGAGAACAGUUCGAUCAUGGAGAUGAAAUCUGUGGAGCGGUUGUUAACAUUAGAGCAAAGCAAGAAAGGAUAUCUAUUUGGACCAAAAACGCUCCAAACGAAGCUGCUCAGGUGAGCAUUGGAAAACAAUGGAAGGAGUUUCUUGACUACAACAACAGCAUAGGUUUCAUCAUCCAUGAGGAUGCGAAGAAGCUCGACAGGAACGCAAAGAACGCUUACACCGCUUGAAACGAAACAACCCUCUCAAGUCUUUGCAUUGUUUCAGUUACAGUUUUGUAUGUGAGAGAUCUCUAUUUUAUAUCUUUAAAACAUAGACUUGUUGACCACUGUCUUUGCUCCUGAGUGUUGAUUGUUCAGAAGCUCCAACAUUUCAUUUAGUAUUGAUAUAUUAGUAUUGUCUUAACAAAUUUAUGUUGCCUUA